ACCACCUUCACCAUCGACCACGACGACUACGAGCUGUGCUGCCUACCUCUGCUGCACCGACUACGAGCAGCGUUUCUGUGAAACAAAAUGGCUCUGUCGUACUUCCCCGGCGCGACUCGCACGGGCUCGCCGCAGCCUAUGGUGGAGGGCUCAACCAAACAUCUAAAUGAAGCAGUCCAGGAGUUGUAUGUCGAGCACAAGAAUAGACUACUCCAGGCAUUAGACUCAACGAAGUCUAUCCUGGGGGACCUUCGCAACUUCAACAAGGACAGCUGGGUCGUGCGCUACCCUCAGUUAAGCGAACAGCCUGCGACUGAGCCGCCAAGCGCUUCCCGCCGGAAGAGCAUGCGCCGCUCGCUUUCCUUCCCUGACGACCCUUCGUUCGAAGCCGAUGUCAUCGUAUCCCCCGCGAAGGCGGGGCUCACUCGGUCUGUCACUCUCGCCACUAUCGCGGACAAGGACGAGGAGCCCUCUGCUGAGACGGAAGAGGACGGAGACCGGCUGGUGUCCCCCGCUGAGGCGUCUGACUUCCACGUCUUCCGUCUCGAUCUUAAGCUCGGCGCCCACGGAUCUUCCUCGUCUCCCGCCUCGCUCGUUGCGCAGCUCGAAAAAUCCUCCAUCGCCAACCUCCUAGACGACCGCAUCCUCAACGCGGUGGGCCAUCUUGACAAGCUCCGCUUGCGGAUCGAGGACAAGUCCUCCAAGGUUCUCGUCACUGGAGACCUGAACGCGGGCAAGUCUACUUUCGUCAACGCCCUUCUCGGCCGCGAAGUCAUGCCUGUGGACCAGCAACCCUGCACCACUGCGUUUUGUGAGGUCCACGAUGCGUCAGAGAACGGCGGGAAGGAGGAACUCCAUGUCUUGAAGGAGGGCGCCUCGUACUCGGUCGAUGACGAGAGCACAUUCACUCGGGCUGACCUCACGGAUCUGGAUGCGAUCGUCUCGGAGAACGAGAACGACUCGCAGGUGCUCAAGGUCUACCUGACUGACCCCCGUGAUCCGCAGGCGUCGCUGCUUAGCAACGGGAUCGUCGACAUAUCGCUCAUCGAUGCCCCUGGUCUCAACCGCGACAACACCCACACCACUCGUGUCUUCGCCAGGCAGGAGGAGAUCGACGUCGUCGUUUUCGUCGUAUCCGCGGAAAACCACUUCACGCUCUCCGCAAAAGAGUUCUUGACGAAUGCCAGCCACGAGAAGGCCUACCUCUUCAUUGUUGUCAACAAGUACGAGCAGAUUCGCGACAAGGCCAAGUGCAGACGUCUCGUUCUGGAGCAAAUCAGGCAGCUCAGCCCACGGACAUACGAAGAUGCCGAGGACCUCGUCCACUUCGUCGACUCCCAGCACGCUCUCGACGAGAAGUCCGAGUCGUUCACUGGCCUCGAAUCUGCGCUGCGCUCCUUUGUGCUUGUGAAGCGCUCGAAGUCGAAGCUUGCGCCCGCGUCCACGUAUCUCACCAAGCUGCUCUCAGACGUCGACCUGCUCGUCGGAGCGAACGCCAUUGUCGCUCAGACUGAGCUCGACCGCGCACAGAACGAUCUGCAGCGCGUCCGGCCCGUCCUGGAGAAGAUGAAGGGUGGCCGGGAGGUCUUGGAGGAGACGCUCGAGUCUGUCGAGGACCUCGGCGCUACCCGUACGCGUAUGCGGACGAAGGAGCUCCUUACCGACGCGGUUGAACGCGUUGGGCAGGGCAAGCUUGGUAUCGACAAUGUCUCCGUCUCUCUCCCCUCUUACCCUGGCCUGCUCGGAAUUUGGGACUACGUACACGACGUGCGCCGCGCGUUGCUUUCAAGUCUCGACGCGGCCGUCAGGCUCGCGGAGCACGAGGCUCGUGGUGUCACCACCGAGGCCGUACACAAGAUCACGCAGCUCGGCGAUGAGCACUUGCCUGAGGGCGUGGAGCGCUCACGACGGGUCUUCAUGCCCGAGGCUAUGUUCUCCACGCGGGUCGACAAGAAGAGCAACCGGAAAUCCCGCCGGGCGUCUGGCACGGUCGUCGCUGGUGGCCUCUACGGUCUCGGCAUCGGUCUCUCUCAGCGUCCGGAGAUGCUCGACACGACUUUCUUCGACCUUUUCGAUGUCCACCACCAGUUCUGGGUGCACUUCGGCGAGGGCAAGAGCGCGGACAGCGAAGACAUGGCCGUCAGCACUCUCGGCUUCGCUUCCGUCGGCCUUGGUGCGCUCACGAUGGUGGGCGGCAAGGCUCUCGGUGCACGCGGUCUGUUCGAGGGCGUCGUCCGUAUGUGGGAUCUCCUCGAGAACGAGACUGCGCGCAAGUGGGCAGCGCCUGUCGUAGGCGCCGUCGCUAUCGGCCUCACCACCUACUUCAUCUUCGAGCUUCCAAGCACUGUUCCCCGGACCGUCGGCCGCCGCAUCAAGGCAUCACUGGCGAAGGAGGGCGAGGAGAUGGGCGAAGACGGCUCGUUCGUUGGUGCGCAUGCAGCCCGGGUCAGCCGGGAGACGCGCAAGGUGCUGCGACUGGCGUCCUGGGACCUCAAGGAGCGCUUCCGGGCCGCGAUGGAGGAGCACGGGCGCGAGGUACACGGCGCGGAGGAGUCGGAACGGCGGGCAAAGAGAGCGCUCGAGUGGUUCCACGAGGUAGAGCGGCGGGCGGGCGAGGUGCGCGAAUCCGUGGUGCUCGUGAGCGCCGCGUGAACGACCUGUCUACGACGCAUUGGAUAUAUGUUUCAUGGUUUGUCUCCGCGCUCUUCGUUUACCCUUCUGCGACCGUAUAUUGCUUAGCCCCUUUCUCCCGCAAGGUCUUGGGCGAAGCGAGGGCGUCUGUGCUGCUCGCUUCGCCGUCGUUGUCGGGGGCUUUUUCGGCUUUGUCGCCCGUCUAGAUUUCUCCUGUGCAAGACCUCGCCGACGCUCCUUCUACCCUUAUGUUCUCCCCCUACUCACGUAUUCUACGACACCCAUGUAUUACCUGUACGUUUGGAAGAUCAUCAAUGCACCCAGGCAUAAGGCCUGUAUAUA